AUCCAUGAAGGGGGCUCAUACCAGUAGAUGCCUUAAAAAAAUCUAAAUGAGACAAACUGCAAGGGUCAAUCUAUUAUGGCUACUUCUAGACAAUGCUAUUUUGCAGGUCGGAUACAAUUCAUACCACAACAAACCUCCCCCCAUUGGAAUUUUUUUGAGCUAAGGAAACUAUAAGGAAAAGGUGUGUGAAAGUGGGAUAUUUCUUAACAAUGUAACAUCUCUACAUACAAAUCAGAAUGAAUGCUUGGUAAACAAACAAAAGUCAUAUAUGGUAAUCCAUGAUCUUUGUGCAAUCAAAUGAGAAGGAAUUAAACAGGUUGUAGGGAAGCAAAGUAUGACACUCCUUGCAUUUCGUGGCCUUUGGUCCCACUGUUUACAUCCCCCUCCCAUACAUGUGUAUAUAUAGCUUUAUAAAAUAAAAACUAAAGGGAGUGGCAAGUAGGCAAGUAAUGGUGGACUCAACUAUACAGCUACAAAUAAAAUGUUUUAAGUGUGUUGUAAAGUGCAUCAUACAAAUGUGACAUUAGAUGGUGAAGGUGAGCUAUGGCAAAUCCAAUAUAUUUUUCAAAACACUUUUUUUAAAAAAAGCAUUUUCACAACAUUUUUGUAUGUGUCUAGAUACCAUUGGUGAACAAAACUCAUUUUUCCGGGCCGACAUUUUAAAUGCUUUAUUUAUGAAGCUUAUCAGUUGCUUUACAAAAGCCUCUCAAAGCAACUUAAAUGGUACACAUGAAGGAGUAGAGCACAGGGACAGGCUAAAAAGCAGGCUGCUUUAUAUUUGUGUUACAAAUAACAAUAAAAUUAACUGCCAAGAUAUAUUGAGUUAAUGGUGACCACUUGUUAUAGGAAGGAGUACAUUUUCAAUAGCCAUUUGCCAAACCUGAGUGCAUUAAAACUGAUAUCACAGUAUUCAGAAGUUGAUCUGAUAGUUCAUCUCAACAUUUUGUUACUGCUAUGUUUUCUACUAGAAACAAGAUGCCUAAUCCUAAAACAACCUCAAGUGACAGCAAUGACUCUCAGAACAUAGACUGUAAUCCUAGAAAAGUAAGGGACCAUGAAGACAGCCAUGGCGGAGACAUGCCUAGCCUCUGCCCACCUGACAUCCCACCUUGUAUGUCCAAUUCUGAUUGCUAGAAAAAAUACGUGUCAUUUAUAUUUAGCGCAAAAUUUACAACUCAAGAUAAAUUACAGGCAACUCCCCACUUACAUGGUGGUUACGUUCUGGGCCCCCAAGCACAUAAGUGAAAUCACAUCAAGUGGUGAGCACUCUCUAAACACCCUUUAAAUCAGGCAUCCCCAAACUGCGGCCCUCCAGAUGUUUUUGGCCUACAAAUCCCAUGAGCCCUAGCUAACAGGAACAGUGGUCGGGGAAGAUGGGAAUUGUAGUCCAAAACAUCUGGAGGGCCAAAGUUUGGGGAUGCCUGCUUUAAAUGUUCUCUGCUACUUUUCAUCCAUACCAAAAAUACCGUAUCAAAAAAUGCCCACAACUAGAAGUGAAGCUCUGGGACCAGCAGGAGGCUGGAGGACACAUAGGAAAGUGGCUACUGCUGCUUUAGCCUGCACAUCCACUGUUCAGCGGGGAGACUGAGCAGCGUAAACAAAGCCCUGCUGUGCUUCCAGUAUCUUCAGAGCUUCGUCUGCCCUCAAUAACAUCCUCUUUGGGGAGGGUCUCCUUGCGAGCUACAAGGACUUUCCAGCUCUCCUGCCAUUUCCAGGUAUGAAUUGAAUUACUGAAUUACUGUAUUUCCCAGUGCUGUGCAUAUAUGUGUCACACGCAAGUAGAACAUGUGUAAGUGGAGGGAUGCCUGAGAGUUGAAGAGAGGGAGUUGCUUUAUAUAAAUUUUCUCUCCAGACUGAGUGGGGGUAUUGUUUUUGUUUGUUACCAUGUUAUGUACUUUUUGUGUUUUCAUAUAGUAAAGUGCCCUGUGAUCCUCAAAUUAAGGUUGGAAUACAGAUUUAAUAUAUUGGGGAUUUGACAUUUGAACAAGUUGCAUUAUAAUGAGUUGACUCAUUGUUUCAUCUAGCUCAGUACUUGCUGCUCUGACUGGCUUCAGAGUUCUCUGACUGGGGUGUUUCACACUCAUGCUACAUGAAUGUCUUUUUCAAUGAAGGCACUAGGAAUUGAAUGUGGAAUCUUCUUUAUGCUAAGCUUUGCUCCACUACUAAGCCUUGGUGCUGCCCUAUUCUAUGGGUACAUCCAGACAAGUAUUGCCAGUCCUCCCCAAAUUCUUUCUGUGUCAGAACUCAUGGAAACAGCCAAUGAAGUCUCGAAAAUGACCAUAGCACAUGAAAUUGUAGUAAACCAUGACUUCAAAUUGCAAGAGGUGAAUUUCUUACCAAACAGUUUGGAAAGCAGAGUGAAAGAGACAUUGCAUAAAGCUUUUUGGGACAUUCUGAGAGAACAGCUCUCCAAAACACCACCAGACUAUUCCCAUGCUAUCAAGCUACUUCAAGAAAUCAAAGAGACCCUACUGUCCUUGCUCCUGCCCCGACAACAUCGUCUGCAAUGUCAGAUUGAAGAAACUCUGGACAUGGAGCUGAUAAAACAGGAGGCUGAGCAUGGUGCUUUAGAUAUCCCCAACCUCACCACUUACAUCUUAGGUACCAUGGCAAUGCUCUGUGCACCUGUUAGAGAUGAGGAGAUACAGAGACUACGAGUCAUGGCAGACCCAGUUCAUCUGCUCAGAGAGAUCUUCAGAGUUCUGAACCUAAUGAAAAUGGAUAUGGUAAAUUUUACCAUACAAAGCCUUCGACCCCAUCUCCAAGAGCACUCUGUUGAGUAUGAAAGGAAAAAAUUCCAGGAGCUCCUGAAGAAGCUACCAGGUGGCCUCACUUGCACAACUGAGUGGUUGCGCAAGGCAGCAGCUGAAAUAUCAACCUCUGAUCUGCUAGCCGCCUCAUCCACCUCUGAGACCAAUGGAUCAUCUGUUCCACCCUCCUCUCCGGCUGCUAGAAAAGUGUUCUCUGUCCAUAGUCCCACAGCUGUGCUAAACCAAGCAUACAUGGACUUGCUGCAUUGGGAGCCAGGAAAAGAAUAUCCUGAGACUAUGUUGAUGGACAAAGCCCGCUUGGAUGCCCUUCAGAUGAAAGUGAAUCAGCUAGCCAUUAUUGCUGCAGUCCUAUUAGUGAGCAGCAGUACAUGUGGAAGUGGAGUGUUCAGCUCACCAGGAUGUGGAGAUAGGCUAAAACGGGUAAUAAAAGCCCUUCUGGAAGGACUUCCUGACACAAGGUUAGAAGAUGUUUUAAUGGAUAUCAGCAAUCAAAUGCAUGAGGAAGUUAAUAGCAUUCUCCUUCAGUUGGGGUAUCCUGUUCUCAGCACUGACAAGGCUGCUUCACUUAAAGGCCAACUCAGGAGUCUUGCAGAGAAGGACAAUGCAGUACGGAUUCUAAUUGAGCAACGGAUCCAAACGUUUCUUAGGCUUUGUUUGUAUCCUGGUGGCCAGAACGCUAAGAAUCUACCCCAAGGCCUUGCUCCUAUUCAAGAAGAAUUACUGGAAGUGGGCCAGAGGUUUGGCAGUUUGAUUCAUCACAACAGACAGGUGUUUGGUCCCUACUACUCAGGGAUACUAAAGAAAUUGCUGCUUCCAGAGGGAAAAUCUGAAGCAGGGACAGAUUCCCAUUAACGAUCUAAAACAAGCAGCACACACAACGGCAGGGAGAGGGGGAGAAAAAAACUGGCAAUUGUUCAGACUGUGCUUUGGCUCAAAGUCCACUGCAAUCAAGUGAGCAGCUGUCCUGCUCUGUGCUGUGAUACCUAAAGCACUCAUACAGCUGGACUAUUGAAGCUGUGGGAUACAGUUACAUAAAUACCAACUGACAAUGCCAAGUUUGCCGCAGUAAACCUUUAAACAGCUCAGAAUGUUGUCUUGUGUUUUUAGACUAGCUGGUGCAUUUUCCAUCAAAUGGGAAGGGCAAAACUAGGGACCUGAUCUUGUAGCCAUUAAUGUAGAAGGUAAUUAAUUUCAGUGAAACUAGAUAUAAAAGCAUAUUC